AUGGGCGACCCCUUCUCCGCCGCCAGCAGCGCAAUCGGAGUAAUCUCACUGGGCCUCCAAAUAGCCCAACAUCUAAUAACAUUCUGCCAAGCGUACCAGAGCUACGACGAAGAUGCGCAAAGAAUCGAAUCCAAAGCCGAGAGUCUGCGAAGACCGCUCAAGGCUCUCCGGGACAUCAUCGAGGAUGCACAAGUGUCUAACCCCGAGCUUGCAGAGGACCUCUCGGAGAAGGCGUUGGGUUUGCAGCGGAUGGUGAAUAGACUCAAGGCGACGAUUGAGCGGCAUUUACCGGUUAUUUCGGAUGGGCUUCCAGAGAAGAUUAAGGGCCAGUUGAAGAGGGUUGUUUAUCCGUUUCGGAGGGAUGGGUUGAAGGAGAUGUUUGAUGAUUUGGAUGGGAUUCAUAAUGCUCUGCAGACUACUUUGAGCAUACAUUCAACGCAGAAGAUGAAUCAGUUGGGAUUGAUGCAAGAGGCUAUUCUUGCGGAGGUGCAGCAGAUACGCAUCACUCUACAGGAAUAUCCCGAGGGAAUGCCACCCCCAGCAUUACUUAAAUCGUGGUGUGACAGCCACUGUGGUCAUGACAACACGUCAGUUGCAGAGACACAAAUUACAACAAGGACUUCGACCUCAGAACUCGCUAUUACGACGUCCUCUGAUUCUGCUGGCCAUGAAAUCUUGCCCUAUACCCCCAAGCCAAAUAAUAAAGCAGAAACUACAGCAAAAUCAUUCAAAUAUCUUAGUACUCUUCUUCGAGUCGCCGUCACGGCGUCCUUCUCACUGUCGAAAGGUGCCGGGGGGUUCUCUAUCGCGCCAUCCUUAAGUGUACAAACACUGUUGAACUAUAACGGAAGCACUCUCGAAUUGCAAAUCACCCAAUUUUUCGACUUGAAAAGAACGACUAUCUCUGAAUUUGACCAGACUGUCGACAACUGCAUUCGCCAAGUUCAACAAGCAUUUUCUGCUGGAAAGUCGAAGCCGUCGGAUAUCUUUUACUUAGACUAUGCACCCCGCGAUUACAACAUGGUGUCUUAUGUCGAUGCGUUGGUUCCGUUUGAUAUAGCAACCACGCGAGAACAACUUCCUGGGCUGCAUAAGCUUACGAGGUUCCUUGUCGACAAUGGUUCGCGGCCUAAUAACACGUUUAGUCAAGGAGCCUUAAGAGGAUUGCUUCGGUUUACGAGGUUUCAGGAGGAAGAAUAUGCGCUGGCUUCAUAUCUCGUUGCUCAUGGGGGUCCUUGUACCCUGGACAAUGGGACCUUGAACCAUAUUGAACGAUACAACAUAAAGUAUAUCCUCUCCAGAGACAGAGAGCUACUCGUUGUUCCCGAGGUUGCAAAGAUCAUAUUUCAAGAAUUAGAGCAGAAGCUGCUUUCCGGCUUGGAAUCUGGUCGGAUUCUUUCCAAUGACCAAGUGUGCGGAUGUUCUUUACUUCAGCUGGCGUUUGGAUGGCCAGAUGGUAUGAAGAUUCUUCUUGACGCAGGAGCGACUAUUGGUAAGAGAACCUUGAUCUCAUUCUGGGGCUGCCCCAGCUCCCUCAUUGAGAAGGACGUGGAGUUCAAUAGGUUUUACUAUUCCAACAAACUACUCUUAGAGAAGGGCAGUGGGUUGAGUAUAUCUGACUUGCAAGUUGCUGCUUCGCCAAAGUUACUGUCACUGUUCGCGAAUGAGCUUGCCAGGCGCCGAUGGAGACUCUGGAAACUGGCUCAAUCAUCUCUUCCCGCACAUGAAUUGCAAGCAUUCCAUGCACCUGAGAAGGCAGUCCCUGACAUGAAUGCUUCGAGAAUCUGUGCAGCGCUGGCUGCCCGUGGCAAAACUGUUGACUCCUCUCUUAUGGUCAAGAGCAACUAUGUCUCGGUUUAUGACCACCGGUCACUUCAGCCUAGAGUAAUGGAAGAAUUAUUGAAAGUGGGUUUCACGAAUUUUGACUCGCCAAGCCCCCAUGGGGUCACACCAUUGAUGGAGGUGUAUAAUUCAUACGUCGGUGGAGAGGAAGGUAUUGAAAGGAUGCUGUGGCUUCUCUCCAAGGGCGCAGAUAUUGAUCGCAAUUUACCCCUCUCCAAUGCAAAGACUGCACAUCUGGUUACGGUGCAACUCGUCGGCUUUCUUCUCGGUGCAUUGGAAUUUCAACGACCUGAUGAUAUUCCCGGUUACUGGACAAGCUGGGAAAACAAGAUUUUGAGGCACAGAAAAGACCUCUUUCGUUCUCCUUAUGUCGCGGACAACUGCAGAUGUGCUUGUUGCCCUUAUGGAUGCACAGUCAUCUCAGUGGCUCUGCGACAAGUGCUUGGGUGGCAUCAUUGGUUCCAGGUUUCGGUGCCUUCAUAUUGGCUUCGGCGCUUGCUAUGCUCGAUUAUCGGAUGGGUGAAUCUAGACCGAACCAUGGUGCAGAAUGUCAUCAGAAGUCUAACAUUCGAUGCCCUGGGUCUCAAGCACACUUGUUGUACUGAAAUUGACGGUGUACUUGGGUCCCGCGACAGGAAGACUGCAGAUGAAAUAGAGGGUCGAGACGAGGAAGAAAUUGCGGAGAUCCGAGAAGAGUGUAUGAAGGGGAUUGAAGAGCUUGAGCAGCUAAUGCUUGAGUUUGAAGCAACAUUUGACGAGCUUGGCCUUCCAUUAAUCGAAUUCCUUACGGGCUACUGGCAUACCCGCAUGGUGCAGCACCUCCUGAAGCGUGAUCCAUAUAACGAGGAACAUGAACGAGAGACAAGAAACAUAGGGGUGAUUCUACAGGCGGAAGAUGAAGAUUUGAACAGAGUCUCUCUUCUGAUCGGUGCGCAAAUCAAGGAGGCCAGUAAUGUUCUCGACGGCUGUUGUGAUUUUUGCACUUGA